CGCCAUACCUCCCGCCUCCACGCCCAACGUCCGCGUCGCCGUUCUGCGCCGCCGCCAUGGCCGACGUGGAGGACGGCGAGGAUCCCUGCGUCUUGUCCUCACACUCCGCGACUGCAGGCCCCAAGUCGGGAGCCGACAAGAUGUUCUCCCUCAAGAAGUGGAACGCGGUAGCCAUGUGGAGCUGGGACGUUGAGUGCGAUACCUGCGCCAUCUGCAGGGUCCAGGUGAUGGAUGCGUGCCUCAGAUGUCAAGCAGAAAACAAACAAGAGGACUGUGUUGUGGUCUGGGGAGAAUGUAACCAUUCCUUUCACAACUGCUGCAUGUCCCUGUGGGUGAAACAGAACAAUCGCUGUCCUCUGUGCCAGCAGGACUGGGUGGUCCAGAGGAUCGGCAAAUGAGGCGGUAGAUGCUUUCCUGCUGUGGUCCUGACCCUGGAUGAUCUUGCUGUCAAGUUCUCAGACAAAGGUUAGAACGCUCCAGCGGAUGUCUUCAGAUGGAAAGGGUGCAGUCUCUGAGACUCAUCCAGGGCAUGGUUUAGCAUUUUGUCAGUUUAAUUUUGAGAAGUUGUCUACAAGAAAGAUAAUUUAUUAAAAACGGCCUUUCCUA